AUGUACGGUCAGCCAUGGUGUCGUGACGGCAUCAGAGUCGAAGACCUCGCUCUGCAAUAUGCUCCCAAAAGCGGUGUCGACGCCUGGAAUCGCGAAAAGCAACAACCAGUUCUCCUCUCAGUCUCCCUCUCGUUCCGUUCAGGCUUCGACACGGCUGCGAGUCAAGAUGCCCUGGAUGAAAGUACCAUGCACUACGGCCUCCUCUCCAAGAACUUGCGUGCCUUGAGACCCGUCCAAGAUUGGGAAACCCUCGACAAUCUGGCUCAUCGCGUACACCAAACUAUCCUCGACACCCCACCUGGUGAUGCUCUAAUCCAAUCAUGUCAGAUUGAAAUCAAAUUGCCCAAAGCGAGUUUGUUGGGUGACUAUGUCAACUAUGUCUAUUUCGUCGAGGACCAAGAGCAUACCGGCAGAGUCUUGCACCUGUCUCGUGUUUUCAUCCCUACCUUGAUUGGUGUCAAUGACAAUGAGAGAACUGCAAAGCAAAAGCUCUAUGUCAGUGUGUGGAUAGACAGGAUACAGGCAGACGACUCCGAGUCAUAUACCGAGCUUGAACGAAUUCUCACUCAGGCAAUUGAACCCACAGAAUUCGAGACUCUAGAGUCGUUGGCCAUCUACGUGCUCAAAGUCUUGAAGAUGAACUACGAACCUUUGAAGUCUCGAGAGACCAGCGUUCGUCUAAGAAUGGAGAAGCCUCAAGCUGUUCCUCAUGCCUCGGCUCCCAUCAUCGAGAUUGUAAGGACAUCUGAUGAGCUGGCUGCAAUGGUUCGAUGA